AGUGUCAAUCGAGUAUUAUUAGCGAUUUUCAAACUAAAUCUAAACUGAACCUGAACUAAAAUAUAAAACGACGAAAAGUGACGUCGGAAAUUUCGCGGCCUCUCGUCGAUUCAAUAUCGACAUGAGCCGCUGGGCAGGAAAAGUCGCCGUUGUUACCGGAGCCUCGGCCGGCAUCGGUUUGGCUAUAGCGGAAGCAUUUGUACGCGACGGGAUGAUCGUGAUCGGUCUCGCAAGAAGAAAAGCUGUAAUGGAGGCUAGAAUGAGAUUCAUACAGGGAAAUGGAAAAUUUAUCCCAUGCGAAUGUGACGUGUCGAAGCAUGAAGACUUAAAAGAUGUCUUUCAUUGGAUUAAAAAUAACGUCGGUGUAAUUCAAAUUAUGGUAAACAACGCUGGCCUCUUUAUCUCAGGCACUAUCGCUGAUACUUCGCGACAAGAUUGGGAAAAGGUGUUUAACGUAAAUGUAAUGGGAUUGCUCGAAUGCACAAAACACGCCGUUAGAAUGAUGAAGGCCGCCGAUGUCGAAGGACACAUCAUCAAUAUCAAUAGCAUUCAAGGACACCGACUGCGCCAAAUACAAAAUGUGAACUUUAAUGUGUAUCCGGCGUCUAAACACGCUGUCACGGCCAUCACAGCGAUGCUCCAACAGGAACUGCGCGGUGAAAAAAUUCGUGUCACGAGUAUUAGUCCAGGUUAUGUAAAAACUGAAAUAUUGGAAGCAUCGGCUCUAGAUAUCAAUGGUCUUAAGAUCUUUUCUUCUUUUCCUGCAUUGGAGAGUAAAGAUGUCGCCGAUGCGGUGGUCUACGUUAUCGAGACGCCGCAACACGUUCAAAUUACUGAACUGACUAUUGCACCUUUCGGCGAGAGUAUGUAAGCUUUGAAAAACACACUGCAAGAUAAAUAUUCCAUUGCGUUAGAAUGUCAAUGAAAAAAGUUAGAAAGAAAUCAUUAUGUACCAAAUGCUGAGGAAGAGCAGCUAUAUAAAAGAGGACUGUACACUUUGUUUAACGCACUCUAAGAUUUUGCAUCGAUCUAAAUUAUUGCAAAGAGAGAGAGAGGAAGAGAGAAACUUAUAAAUGUGGAAUAUAUUGUUAUGUAACAAAACUUAGAAAGUGACAAUUAUUUUGGAUAUACAGGUCCUAUUUCAAUUACAUACUUCAAUUAUCUCAAAAACAAGAUAUUAUAUAAAAAAUCAUAAUGUGUCGAACAAAAGUUGUAUGGUUUCAAGGGGAAAAGAAGAUGGUAAUAUUCAUUUGAUCUUAGGAAGACUCGGCUCAGUCAAAUUUAAUUUUUUUCUUUUUUUUUUUUUAUUGAAUCAUAUGGUUUUCCUAACAUAAAUAAAUUCCUCUGAUCACGCACACACAUAUGUAUUCGGCGUAUAAAAGUUCUAAAGUGACAUAAUCAAAAAGUGAAUAUUUUUCGAUAUAUUGCUCAUUUUAUAUUGAUAGUUCGAUACAAAAUAUAAAAUAUCUCGAAAAAUAUUUACUUUUCGAUAACUUUGUCUUAAUAUUUUUAUACGUAAAAUGAAAUUAAUCAAAAAUACAUAGAGGAACUUUAAACAAAUUUCCGUUGAAUUUUAUAAAUUCAUUGAUGCACCAAAUAUACAGAAAUUAAUAUCACUGAUCAACAAUUUUCCUUUUGUAAUAUCAGGGAAUUUUUUGUCACAAAACAAAUCACUUGCUAUCAUUAUUUUCUCCAAAUCCUCUCUUUUCGAUUGGCAAGAUCAUUUUCAUUGUCAUUUACUAGCCCGCAUUAGGGCCAUUUAUAGUAAUCCAUAUUUACAACAUCACAUCAUGAAUGACAUAUUAGCGAACACAAUAUACAAUUAAAUUAGUUAUGCUCUUCAAUGCAUCCAUCCUUACACAGUUUAUAGUUCAUAAGCAAUUACAUCAACGACAUAUGUACGUUUCUAAAUAAAAAAUGGAACAUACAUACCUAUCCAAUUUGUCAGAUGUCAAAAACAGAGAAUUUUGUAUAACUUCUAAACAGGCUUGAAAACAACCACGCAAUCAAGUUUUAUUAUAUGCUACGCUUUGGAAAAAAUUACUCAAGCGCUUUUCAGUAAAAUAUAGCGCCAUACAGAACUAUAAAACACUGAUAGCCUGUACUAGCACUAUGGCCUAUAUUUAUAUUCUUUUUUCUAAUAGAUAUGUAACGGAAAAAAGAGCGCACAUUCUAUAAAACAUAAUAAAAUAUCUGAUAUCUUUAAAUGACUUUAUUCGUGCAGUUUUAGUCAACUUGUCCGUAUCAAAAAAUGGAUUAAUUUACAAUCUGACAACCAGAAAAUCAUAAGGAUUGUCACGACUUACUAUGACAGUUUCCUAAAGUUUUACUCUAUUUGUGCAUUUGAGACGACUGAAAAAUGUCUCAUUUGCACUUUUACUCUCUCUCUCUCUCUCUCUCUCUCUCUCUCUCUCUCUCUCUCUCUCUCUCUCUCUCGUGUUUCAUCUGUAAUAUAAAGUCCUCACCAGAAGCGCACGUCUUCCUCUUUCAGCAGAUAACGACACAAAGCGUUACAAUAUAUACAUAAUCAGUCGACUGAAUUUCAAUUGUAGAUGCAACAAUAUUCUUUGCGCGCAUAUUACGUGUGAAAAGCUAAAAGAAUAUAGAAAUAUUAUGUGAGAAAUAUCGAAAUAAUACAGAGACCCUAAUGUUAAGAAUUACGUUAUAGUUCUGUGUGAAUUUACUCUAUAACGAGAUACAGAUUUUAUAUUUAUAAUUACGUUAUAGUUCUGUGUGAAUUUACUCUAUAACGAGAUACAGAUUUUAUAUUUAUAAUUACGUU